CCGCUCCGGACGAAUCUUACGACAACUCGCGGACUGGCACAUCGCGCCCGGACCUCACUCAUACUAAACACUUCAAUAAUAUAUUUUGAACAAGAAGCAAACAUGUACCUGAAAGCUUUAGUGCUCUGUGCUCUUCUUUUGGUUUCUGUGACGGCAACGCCUGUGGCGAGACCAUCGAAUAUAGUCAUAAUUGAAUCUCUUGAAGAGCCGUGCGCCAGGCAAGGAGGUCUAUGUCGCCCCACCAGCGAAUGUGAACCUGAGAACCUGUCACAGCUGCCGAAUCUGUGUCCACACGGGGAACACCUGGGCUACAAAUGCUGUUAUUUAAUAUGAUUCUACUAAGCAGCGGCGGAGAGUUAAUUAAGUUAUUUCUAAUUUAUAAGUUAGUUAAGACAAAUUAGUAUGUACAUAUUGUACCUACAUAACUCCAUUGGUUACGAAUAAUAAGGAGAUUCAAUAGAAUAUACAAGUAUUUAACCCAUUCUGAAAUUUCUGAAUGCAUCUUUUACAAACUAACCGUUCGAAAAGGUUUGAACUUAAAAAUCGUGAACUCGCAAUAGUAUCUGUGACAAUGAGUAAAAAUGACCAGACACUAUUAUCCCCGUGUUUGCCUUACCUCGUGUAAAGCAAAAAAAUAUAAAUGCGUUGGUGGUUUCAAAAUUAAAUAAUCAUAUUUACGAUAAUUAUAACAUUGCCAUAUAUUAGUUAAGGUAUUAAUAGAUGCGAACAAAGCGCCAAAACUAUGUUGACUCAUAAUUUCUCAGAGGAAAAUAUAAUUUACAAUUAUUUAUUUUUCAAGAUUUCUCUUUCUCAGCCAGUAAUUAAUACGAGUAUCACGAGCCAAGGCCAAUAUUAUUUUUAAAAGCGUUAAGAGCACAAUGCUCAAUGGACUCCCACUGCUGGGCAAAGGCCUAUAUAGUACAGUACCUAUUCUAUAUCAAUUAAAUUGAAACGAAAUAUUAUGUAUUAAAAUAUCAAAUAAAGAAAUAUCAAUAGUUGAAUGCUAAAUAGUCCGGACUAUUAUAGGUUUUAACCCGAGGUUAAACCCACCAUUUUAUAUGGAAUUUGACAGUUGACAGCCCACUAACCUUGAGUUAAGCGGUUGGUGCAAAUAAACCCAAUUGAUCAAAAUCGUAUUAGUAAAUAAUAGUUAAUAAAAACAAUAUUGAAUAUAUUUUUUAAUAAUAUAAUUAUGUUGAUUUCAAAAUGAACUAUGACAGUUAAUACUUAUAUGGCUCAAGUUACCUACUUACUUUUUCUAGAUUAUUAAUUGUCCUUUUUUUAAGUAAAACCAAGAGCGAGUUACCGGCCGCCUAUAAUAUUGCUGUUAUUAGAGAGGCAUUAUGUAAUGUGAAAGUACUGUGAAUAAAGUAAUUAUCAUAAUAAAAAGUAAAUACUUUAUUUAUAUAUUGUGAAAAUACAUAUUGUUAAUACAGUAAAAA